CCUGUGAGUGAUUUCGGAAAGGAAAGUUAGUCGACAAGAUUAAUAUUGACUAAACUUCUGCCCUGUUUCUUGUCGUAUUCGUAAGGAAGUAAUUUCAGGGCAAUCAAGAAGAUUGUGUUUGCUGUAAUCGUAUCAUGCAUUGAAGUUUCGGACUCCGAAGUGUGAACAAGUUCAAGAUGGCUCAUUUCUCUCUAUUUAAAAGCCGAAGUAAGUCUGUAAAAAACUCUACGAGUAAAAAUUCCUGCUGGGAAGAAAUUCUUGAAAGUUUGAAAGAAUUUGCAGAGAAGAUUGAAAGGAAUGACGGAAAUAUCAAACAAUGGCAAGCGCUUGCAGACAGCAUAACUUCAAAAACUCAACAAGCUGUAAAAGGAAUUUCAGGAAGUACUGCUUCACGGAACAGCUCAAAUAACAAAAGACCCAGUCAGGGUAUUCUAGAUGAUUUAGUAUCAAGAUUCUGUUGGGUCUUCUUUGAGGCAGCCAUUGAUGUCAAGCUCGUCAGGAAUCUACAUAAGGGUGCUCAAGCUUUAUCAGAAGUUUGUCCUAACUUAGCUGAUGUCAUUGAUUGUCAAUUUGUGGUUCUAAUUUCGGAGAAUGGUGGCUUGAUGAAGAGCAUUCAAGCAUCCAAAGUAUCCAACCUUCUAGAAGGGAGCCCAUUAGUACAUAGCCCACUUGCAAAACAUUUCCCACAAUUCCUAACCGCCAUGAACCGCACGACAACAUCCUUGAUAGCAGAGGUUUCAUCAACUGUCCCUGGGACUGCCCUACACCCCGAUGUGACGGCAUGCUGCUCAACAUUGUCCAAACUAGCCUUACAGAUGUGCCAACUUGUCCCUCUGCAGCUUGGUGGGAUUCUUGAUGGUGCCCAGGACAGGGUUAGAAGUGGACAGGAUGGAGAUUUGGUAUUCCAGCUGUCGGGUCUGGUUGGGAAUCUUGUCAUCAUGAUGUGUAGUAAGAAAUUUUCCAGAGAGAAUGGUUUAAUGUCUGGUUGUGCUGUUGGAAUGCUCUUCAACUCCUCCCCCACUCCUAAAUAUGCUGUUUCCAUGGCAAUAAAUCUUCUUAAUUCUUUCCACCAAGGAAGCUCACAGUCAAUCACUGACUUCAACUCAGAUCUAGGCUUCUUCAACAGACUGGUAGGCCCUCCUUUCCAGGAUUUCAGUCCGCCAGAAAAAGUGUUUGGAGCUCUCUGCCUUGCCCGCGGUCUCAUCACAUGUGGAGAUAUCAAAAUUCUUCUGGAGAGAAUACCCACAGGGGAGGGUGAUAAUGAAGGUCAAAUCUUCUUAAUUGGACCUCUCCUGACCGUUACUCAAGAACUCCUGAGCAGCCCAGAUACACCUGAAUUUCACUCUAUACAGUUGUUCACUCUCUGGCUUCAGUGUGUGCAGCGUCACCUUCAGCAUCUGCGGUCCCUCCUGAACAACAACGCCCAGAGGUUCUUAACAAGGUCUUCUGAUGUAGUUCAACUAGUCCUCAGCUGUAUUUGGAGACAUUGGCAUAGUCCCAUUGAUGGAGUGCCAGAACAGAUCAGAGCUUUGUUCAGUUCUCUAUUAGACUCUUAUAAAGCAGAAAGCCAUCUCCUCAACUCUACUGAUACUGAGCUGUUGACAUACCUGGCCCAAGAACUGCUAGGAUCACCCGUUCAUCUGAAAGGUCGCUACACCCUUCUAUCUACCCUGAUCCCUCACCUAGGGACUACAGCUGUCCUGGACCUUCAUCCAAGGUUAUCAAGUGAACUCUUAUCUUGCUUAGAUACACACCAUCUAGUCUUUGCAGCCAAUGAAAUGUAUAAGACACUUAUAUCAGGGAUAAAGUCAGAGCUAGCCCAGGACCCUGCUAUGGUCCAAGGUGAAAGGAAGGAAGAAUUCAAGGAGACUGCAUUAAAGAUUUGGGCAAAACAUUUCCAAGAGGUUGUUAUUACUGGCCUCUGUAGUAAUAAUGCACUUGUCAGGAACAAUAUUGCCAAUACCUGGUUGCCAGCCACUUUCAAAAUAUAUCCUGAAACAUUUCCUAUGUUGCUGGAUGUGAAUGUGAUAAUGAGAGGUGGUCACGAUCAAGAGGCACGGAAUCUUCAUAAAAAGAUCAUCCUACUCAAGCAAGCUAGAACAUGCAAGAUUCUACAAGGACAGGAGUGGAUGCAACAUCACUUAGCCACCUUAGAAGAAGCAGCACACCAUCAUAAUGAUGACAUCCGAGGUGAUACUAUCUAUCUGGUAUGCCACUCACCAAGAACUGCUGAACCCGUUGGCAAAGAUGAGACCCGGCUCGUGAAGACCCUGGUCAAGAACUGCUUGACCACGGAUGAUACCUCACUGAGGAAUCAGUUGAGGAUCAGCUUGAAGGCAUUGAUCUUUAGACUGAGAGACAGCAGUCUCGCUUGGCUCAAGAAGAUCAAUUCCGCUAUGGCUUUUGCUGCAAGCAGUGUGGACAGUGGGACUAAAGAGUUGUCACCACCAACCAAAGUUCUCCAGACCAAUCUCCAAUCAGCAGUAGGCUUGAUGGACUGGCUCAUAGAGGAGAGCUUUUCCUCCCUCUUCCCUGGUGCUUGCUACCAGAGGAAAAGGGCUUCACUAGAUCUCCUACGUCUUAUCUAUGAGAAUCUAUCUGGUGGCAAACAGACCGAGUUGAAUAAUCCAAGCAGUGCGGCACUUUCAGCUGCCUCAAAGAAACUUCUUUCAUGGAGUCGGGAUAUUGGUAAAGUGGAUCUCUUUUCUGAAAGAAAUGCAUCUCUGUUAGUGAACAGCCUAUUGGACUCCUCCAAUGACAUUCGGUCGUCUGCUUAUGACCUACUGAUAGGGUACUUUCCUUGGCCCCUCCCUUCAUCAUCAGCCUAUCCCUGGUCUAGACCAUCAGAGAUCCUGGUCCAAGGCAUGAAGCUCAUCUGUAGUCCUAAAUUCCAUGAAUGUGAGGCUGGGGCUAUGCUCUGCAAACUCUCCUUCCACAGACAAAUAAUUGAGAGUGAAGGUUUUGAUGACCUCGUCAAACCAUCAAAGAAUAAGUCAACUACCUCUGGUAAAGCCACCAAAUCAUCCACUCUUAAAAGUCCUGUCCAGUUUGUAUUAAGUUUGAUGGAGAGUCUGAGAUAUCAAGUUAAAUGUGCAAAGAUUAAUAUUCUCAAAGCAGCUGCUCUUACACCUAUGCAUGGCAUUAUUAUGGCAAUAAGGAAGUGCCUUACAGAAGACACCAGAAUCUUCCAUCGGCUUGUCACCGAUGAACCUGAAACAUGGCAGGCUAUCAUUAAGGAACUCAACACAAUGCUACAUCAGAUCAUCAUGUUCAUCCUCGAUCUGCUAGCAGGAAGGACAAAGCAAUCCGAGAGCAAAGAUGAAGUUCUAAGCGUGCAAGAUUUUGUAGCAAAGGAUGUCAGUUCAAAGACCAAAGAGACGGAUAGUGUAGCCAUGGAAACAGGGAGUGUAAAUUCUUCAGUCAAGCAAUAUAUGAGCGUUCCUACUCCUGACCCAGUGAUGGACACCACUCCUACCAGCAGUAAAGGAUCUGAAUUGAGAGAGGGAGCACCAGGGAUGCCUUCUCCAGCUUCCAAGGAUGGGGAACUGAGUCACUUGUCACCAUCCUUUGGUAAGAUGGGAGAGGAGAUUGAGAAGCUUGUGACAGACUUUGGAACAGAGGAUGAUGAUGAUGGAGCGGGAGCAUUGUCUCUGGAACAUCAACUCAUUCUCUCAUGCUGUUGGCUUACUCUAAAGGAAUCCAGUUUACUCAUGGGUGCUCUUGCUGAAGUUUCUUCCCCUUCUGGAGCUUUUCAGACUAGGCUUCUAGACAGGCAGCAGUUCGAGCUUCUGUCCAAAUCGCUUGUGCAGAUACUCACAAAGUGCCGUCAUAAAGGAGCUUUAGAAGGCUGCAAGAUAGGAUUCUUCAAGGUUUGUGCUGCCAUGUUAUCUUGCCCAGACUCGGACAUAGCCUCUAUACCCAAGUCGCUCCUGGACCUGGUCUUGACUGUCAUAACCACUACAGCUUCCUCGACUUCCUACACCAAGAAGAGUGCUGGUUUGCCUCCAUUGGUAGAGUCUAUCAUUGUAGCUGAGCCCAGGGGUAGAGAGAGACACCUGCUGAAAUACAUCAUGACCAAACUCAUGGAGAUAGCCCAACAACCUCUUCCUAGUCAGCCGGAUGCUAAGCAAGAUCUACCUCAGUCCCAUGCAUUGAAUAUCAUGAAGUCACUCUUUGUGAACUCGUCCCUUGCAUGGGAAGUACUACCAUACGCAGAAGAAGCUAUCCAACUAGCCAUUGAUGGGUUUGCAUCUAGCAACUGGAUGGUGCAAAACUCGAGCAUGCAGUUGUUGGGAUCGUUGAUUGCCCGGAUCUUUGGACAGAAGAAGGUCCAGGACGAACAUUCUCAGGUCAACACUCUCUCUGCUUCAGAGUUCUUUCAGCGAUAUCCGCGGCUCCGCCUCUACCUCCUCCAGGAGGUGAGGAAGGCUGCUGCACUCCAUCAGGGUGGAUCCAGCAGUGCUCCUGAGGGAGGAAGGCUCCAUCUCAUUCCGACCCUUCAUCCUGUUCUCCUUGUCUUAACCAAGCUAGGUAGUGGUAUUACCACGGAGGGACAGAAAAGGGAGCUUGAAGAAUUUAUAGAGCCGAUCUGCUCCCUUGCCUCAAGCCCUGUGUACUCGGUAAGGGACCUUGCUUCAAGGGCCAUACUACCUCUGUUGUCUCAAAAUGAAGAAGUCUCCAACAUGGCCGCCCAGCUCUUAGACACCAUUCCACCAUCAAGUACUUCCCUCAUCGCAAAUCAGAACUGUCUCCAUGGCAACCUACUAAUGAUUCAAAGACUACUCACAUCAUGUAUCAAUAAGAAAAGCCUGCAAGAGGAGAAGGUUCAAGAACUGACAGAUAAAUUCAUGAGUCGCCUCUGGGUAGGGUCUAGCCGGAACCCUUGUCCUAUCACCAGGGCUCUGUUCAUGAAGAUCUGUACCCUUUGGUGGGAGAAUGCUUUCCCUAUCAAACCCGACUGUGUGACAUCACUCAUUGUAAAGUCUAUGAAUAUUCAUGAGCAGUUCUUUACUAGUUCGCCUUCAUUCCAGGUUGGGCUGUCAUAUUUGGGACAAGAGAUGACCGCUUCCUUCAUCUCCAUGUCAACGUUCAUUCCUGACCAGAUCAGUAACCUUUCAUCCCUGACCCACAUCCUUCUGACCCAUGACCUAUCAGAGGUCAGGGAAUUGGCCUUGAAAUACAUGAUUGACAAUAUGACAUCCGCAGCAGAGCUCAGCAUGGAGACACAAACCAGUGGCCAAUUCCAGGUCCUGGAACUACUUCUUGAAGAGGAUAGCAUGAACUGUGUUACCCUUGCUCUAGAUCUGUGGGUGGGACUGAGCAAGGAUAUUGAUGGAAAAGCAGCAUGUGAUUUACAGCCUUUGUUGGAGUGUCUAUUGGGAAUGACAGCUACUCAAAUUCGUGAGUUGAGUUUCUGUGCUGUAGUCUUACCGGCUUUGAGCAUAGCUCUUCGGCUUGAUUCAGAUAACUUCAAGAAUAUGAAUCUAGAGAUGACCUCACAUUGGUGUGACCUGGUUCUAAAGUGCAGUGACCCUUCCCAAUGUGAGACCGUCCGUCUGUCUGCAGCUAAGUCAUUGACGCAUAGUGGAUUUCAGGCUCUCAACAUGUGUGAUCCUAGCAACAUCACACAUUGUGAUUUAGCCUUCAUGAUAAUGAAAGCAGGAAUGUUACUGCUACAAGAUGAGCAGCCUGAAAUCCGAGAGGAAGCUGCUAGAUUUGCUUCCUUGAUACCAAGAGAGGGAGCCCUACUGAAUGAUGUUCAUGGAAAUCAUCUCCAUUGUAGUACUGGUUUGAAGAUUUUAUUAAACUCUGUAUGUGCCAAGUUCUGCGUCAAUAUAAACUUCUUGGAUACUGUUAUAAGUCUUCUCAUCGGUGAUGCUUUCAUAGUUGAAGAUCUUAUUUAUGAAGAGACUCAUAGAGACUCUUUGAAUCUCUUUGAGCAAGAAAAUGUGAACAUGUAUGCUGAAGGGGUUAUGGAGGCUAACCUUGUGUUUCAUGCCCUCAAGGAUGCUAUGGCUGUGUUAGUGGAGCAUAAACCAGACAUCAUGAGAGAAUGGAUAAAGGACAGAUGGCACUUCAUAGAAUUCAACAUGGCUUCUCUUAUCAAAUACCUAGACAAGCCCCCUGUUGCUGCUAAUAGUUUCUAUGCAGGGACAGGCCAUAGUAAGCCAUACCAAGCUCUUUAUAGACUACUCAUGUAUGUAUGGCUUCUCCAGACUGCAUCCAUUCUCAUCAAACCAUCAAUAGAGGGAGUCUUAGAUGUCAAACAGAAGAUAGAGGGGUACCUGAAAUCAAUGCAAAAGAUGUACUAUGUCUACCCGCUUCUGAAGGAGUCUAUUCCUACCAAUCUGACUGGAGAGGGUCCAUCCCAGGAGAUGGAGUGAUGGAAUGAAAUACAGAGCAAAGUUUUAUACAUAGCAAUGUUUACCCAGCUUUCAGCCAGGAGCCCCGCUUUAAGCUGGGAACCCUCCUUUACCAGAAGGGUAUUCAAGGCUUAACAUCUACAAUCAUAAACAAAUAAAACAAAUAACAGAUCGUUUAUGAAAGAAACAAAUACAUUUUAUUGUUAGGUCGUAUUCUUUAUAGUUCUACCACAGGUCUUGCUCUACUGAGAUAGGUUUGCCAACAUUGUUUUUCUUAUUCCUCUGAAUAUGCAAAUUUCCUUGCCUCUAAAAAUCCAUCCCAAGCCAUGUCUCAUGGUAUUAGGUUUAUGGUUUGGCAAGAAGCCAGUUUGUAGUCAUUUUAUCAACAUGCUUUGGUGUUGACUGGUUAUAGGGCUGAUUUUUACUAUUGGUUGCAUUGAUCAUUAUGAGCAAUCAGUCAUUCACAAAUCUACAGUGUGAUCAAUCAAUAAGCUUAGUGUAAGUAGGCCCAGGUAGAUAUUCUAUUGCACUAUCACUAGAAAUUACUCAAUUGAAAUAUAUUUAGCUUACUGUGUUUAUCAGUAAUAAUUUAAUUAGUCUACUGUAAUACUAUAAAAAUCAGUACUAAUGUGCCUUGAGAGAGGUUUGGAUACUACUCUCUUUUAAUUUUUUGUUAUUGUGCUGAUUCUUGUGGUGGAUCAUUGCUAUGAAUAAUAAACAUAAUAAUAUUGUCUGAAAUUGAGCAUCUUGCGGAGAGCCCGACAAGCUCUUUGAAGAAUGCAUGUAUGGGAAUUGUAAUUUUAUACUUGUUUUUAUUUUGUUUUGUCUUACAUGUACAGUGUAUAAUGAAUAAUUUGUACAAUAUACACUGACAACACUAAAAUGAGCAGAUGAUCUAUAAUGGAAGUCAGAAAGUCAUAACCUGGCUACUACAAAAGUCUAAUGAAUGGUAUAUCAUAUGAAGGAAAAAAAAUAUAGUCUGUUUUUCACCUAGUUGCAAGUUGUGAUUGGUCAUGCAUGAGUGAUUAUGAAGUACUACGUGAGAUAAUACAUAUUUUCAGACCAUUAUAUGAUUAUUGAGGUGUAACUCGCAAUGCUUCAGUGACCAUGACGUCGUUGUCAAUGUGGAAUUUUGAAUACUUUUGAUUUUUGACAGAAAAUGAAAUAUGAAAAAUUAUCUGACUGCACCGUUGUACAAAACUCAGUGAUGCAACAGCAAUCAUUUAAGAAAUGCAUAAUACAGGCAAUACUAAGAAUUGUAUAUCAACUGAAAACAUUUAAUCUCAUCUCUCAGAAAAGAAAUAUGUCAUGAUCAUUAAGUAUUGCAUGAUAUGCUUUAAUAUUCACAGCAAGGUUUGCAAAUUAUGCAUCAUUGCAUAAAAUGAAUCAUACUCAUUCAUGCAUUGCUGAUCACAAUUUGAAGCUAGGUGUAAAAUAAAGGCUAUACUUUUUCUACUUCAUAUGAUUUACCAUUCAUUAGAAUUUAUUACCGCUAGAUUGUGAUUUCUUUUUAUUUGCUACAUCAUUCAUGAUCUCUAUUUACAUUGUUGAUGUAUAGUGUACAAACACUUAUUCAACUGGGCAAUUCCAUAAAAUGAUCACCCUUAUUGUACAUCCGACCCCCAUUUUUCUAAAGUCUUACUUCACUUAAUAAACUGGCCAAGUCAUGGUUAUUUGACCGCAUUACAGACUGUCAAAAGGAACCAAAAAUCAGAUCCAGAAAAUUUCAUGAAGGUCCAAAAUAUAGGGUUCGGACGUACAUAUUUUAGGAAUUGCCCAAAUGUGUCUUAAACUCUUAAUCCUUCAAAAAAUAUCUUAAAUAUAGUGAUAUAUACAUCAAUUCAUGAAAUAGAACAUUAUCUGUUCAAGUCCUUUCUAUAUUCUGUUGUAUAUAUAUAUUUUUUUUUUAUUUGUUCGAUAAAUAGAUAGACCAUGCAUAUUAAUUAAUUUGUAAAAAGUAAAGCAAUAUGAAUUUGUUAUAUGAUAGUGAGAUUUAUGACAUAAAUCAGGGUUGCAAUAUCAUCACAUUAGGAAAUCUGACUCUUGUGUAUUUUUAAAUGAAGUAUUACAGCAUUGUAGGCAUUGUAUCCUAAUGGAAAUGUGCUUUAUUGAAUAAUUAUUAUAUGAUUAUUUUAGUAAUAUUGUAUUUGUUUUGCUUUUACAAUCAACAAAUGAUAUUUGUUAAUUUGUUCUGAUUAAAUAUGGUGAUUUCCAUUUUGUGUUUUACAAUUUAUUUCUAGUAUGUGAUGUAUACUUGGAAUUCUAUUAAAGGGAUAUCAGGCAUAUUAGAUGAAGAAACAUAAUGUUUCUGCUUCCAUUAUUGUGCAUGUUUGAUGUAUGUGAACAUUAUUCUGUUUCUUCUUUUGUAUACAUGUAAAUUCCUGGUAUGUGUUUACCCGGAAUCCUUUUUUUUUCAGGAUUCAUUUUAAGAAAAUGAUACUUUACUACCGAUGUAGUACAGUGGAUGUAUGAAUUAUUUUGAUAUAUCUUUUGUCACUUUCAUGAUUGUAUGGAUGACAUACUUGAAAAAGGCUCCCCCCCCCUUGCCUGUCUUCAACUUUGAUAAAGGGUCAAUUGUUUGAAAUGUGCUUGAGUUGAUAUUAUCAAACAUUACAAUCUUGAAUAAAUUUUUGAUAGCCACUUCUUCCCUUUCCAACUGCUGAUUCUCUGUUCAUACUUCAAUAUUCAAAUCUAACAUAUCUAGCUCCCACUAUCAUGUGGCAAUAUUUUUGUUUUUCUUCAAAAGGGCUCUUUGAACAUUUAUCUUAUACAUUCAAGGAUAUCUAGAAACUACACAGAAAGAUUGUAAUUAUGCUGACAUUUUUUACCUAUUACAUUCUUUGGAAUAGUUUCUAUAUCAAAUAGAAAAACAUAAAAAUGCAGUUAUUUUAGUUUUGAUUGGUCAUCUAAUCAGAUUACAUUUCAUGUAUAAUCGCAAUAUAUUUACCAUGUAAAAUACAUUUUAAUUUCUUAUCCUCCAUAUCAUACCUGUUAUAGGUAAUACACAAUCAUAUAAUCUAGUCAUGAAUUGUAAUAGUCAUUACCACAUUUUGGGGAUUUACCAAAGCUAAACACAGGCUUGAAUGUAAACAUCCGUUAUAUACAAAAAUAAUUAUGUCAUGCGAAUGAAGAUUUUUUAAAUAUGAUUAAAUUAUCUU